CCGUCCGUCUGGAUGAACGCAAGGAUCUCAGAAACUAUAAAAGCUAAUACGAUGGCGUCGGCCACGCGUGACACUGACAGUUGGCGCGAUCCCUGCGGACAAUUCGGUGCAGCCAGAGAAGCAGCAGCAGCUUGGGGCAAUCAGUUGCCGGAUAUGCUAGUCGCUUAUUUUUGCCACCAUGGCGUGUACAGUCUGAUGCUAGUCGUUUGUCACGGGGACAUUGAGGCUCAGCAACGCCUCUACACACUGAUGCAUCACUUGAGUGCAAACAACUUUUAUAUACAACUCAGUUCGGAACGUUGCUUUAGGGAUUUGAAGUAUGUUAGUAAUGAGACUGCAACGCCGCAGGCUCCGCCACCCAUAACGUUCCAAGCGGACAACGAGACAAGGCUGGAGCUUUCGUUUCUUCUGCCCCCCUUGAACUACAAGCUGGGUAUACUGCUGUUGCAAUUCAAUAGCUCCUGUGCACUCAACUUACUACGCUGGGCGGCAGCUACAGAGCACAAUUACUUCACUACCAACCGUUUUUGGCUGCUAAUGACGACCGAUUGGGCAGAUAUUGAAUUGCUCGAUGAUGCAGACAUUUUCAUACCACCCGAUAGUGAGCUCCGGGUGCUUUGGUACACGAAACAGCCUUUCGGUGCCACUCUCCUGGAUGUGUAUAAAGUAGCCGCCUGGAAGCCACUCAAACGCUCCAUUAUUGGACAACAUCUUCGUAACAAGCGGCAUAUGAGACACGCACUACAGCACUACGGAUCAGCCAUUUCCUACAGACAGAAUCUGGAGGGCAUUGUGUUCAAUACGGCCAUUGUCAUUGCCUUUCCCGAUGUUUUUGUCAACAUCGAGGACCUUUCAAUGCGGCACAUCGACACAAUUUCUAAAGUAAACCACCGUCUAAUGAUGGAACUAGCCAACAGGCUAAACAUGAGCUAUAACACCUAUCAGACAGUCAACUAUGGCUGGCGACAACCGAACGGUUCUUUCGACGGGCUCAUGGGACGCUUUCAACGCUAUGAAGUGGACUUUGCCCAGUUGGCCAUCUUUAUGCGCCUGGACCGCAUCGCUUUGUGUGACUUUGUGGCCGAAACCUAUAGGGUACGAUCUGGCAUAAUGUUUCGGCAGCCUCCGCUCUCAGCAGUAGCCAACAUAUUCGCAAUGCCGUUUGAGAUGGAUGUAUGGAUCUCCAUACUAUUGCUGCUGAUCAUAACCGUCAUAGUGCUGGUGGUGGAGCUGCUCUUCUCACCGCACACCCACGACAUGAACUAUUUGGACACGCUAAACUUUGUGAUAGGUGCCAUGUGUCAGCAGGGAUUUUACGCGAAUGUCCAGAAUCGUUCGACCAGAAUCAUUGUGUUCACGACCUUCGUGGCAGCCCUAUUUCUUUUCACAUCUUUUUCGGCCAAUAUUGUCGCACUGCUGCAGAGCCCUUCGGAUGCCAUUCAAACGCUGGGCGACCUGGGCCACUCACCGCUUGAGAUUGGCGUCCAGGACACGCAGUAUAAUAAGAUCUACUUCACGGAGUCAACAGACCCCGUGACCAAGAGCUUGUACCAAAAAAAAAUAGCCGGAAAGGGAGACCAUGCCUACAUGCGCCCGGCCGUGGGAAUGGAAAAAAUGCGUACUGGAUUGUUUGCCUACCAGGUGGAGUUGCAGGCCGGCUAUCAAAUUGUCAGCGAUACCUUUAGCGAGCCGGAAAAGUGUGGACUGAUGGAACUGGAACCGUUCCAGCUGCCGAUGCUGGCGGUACCAACGCGCAAAAACUUUCCGUACAAGGAGCUCUUUCGCAGACAAUUGCGUUGGCAACGUGAAGUUGGUCUAGUGAACCGCGAGGAGCGCAAAUGGAUACCGCAGAAACCAAAGUGUGAGACUGGAGUAGGCGGCUUCGUGUCCAUUGGGAUAACUGAGUGUCGUUAUGCCUUGGCUAUCUUUGCGUAUGGACUUCUUAUCAGUUUUCUUUACUUUAUUUGUGAGCUGCUGUUCAAGCAUCGCUUAGCGGUUUGGGGACUGUUUUAUCGCAAAAUAAAGCAUUAA